AUGGUCGACUUUCACCAACGCCGCCGCGUGCAACCGUCUCGGUCGCUGCCCAUGUCGGCGCUGAACCAACGCGAACGGUCGGAUCACACUCGCUCGGAUGUGAAGUCUCCCGUGCAAGUUCGAGGACGCAUUCGGACACUACGGACGACUUCCAAUAAUAAAAGCCAAGACAAUGACGCUCCCAAUCCGUAUCGACCGUCCAUGACUCGUCGAACACCACAACGAGCGCUCUCGCAUUCCCGUGAAGCCAUCAUGGCCAGUGUCAUGUCACACCAAUCUCUCGAGCAUGACGAUGACAGAGACAACUCUCCUCGCGGCAUGGAUCGAUCCAGCAGUCCCUCCAAACCUUCCACCAAGUCACAGCACGAUAGCAGCAGCAGUAUCUGUUGCAACACUUCCUCCCCGGAACGAUGCCUGAUUCCCCGUCGCCAACAACGCCGCAGUUUUGGCAUUUUCCACGCUGUGCUCAAAGCCCUCGUGCUCAUGAUUGUGGGAUUUGGUGGCGGCAUUCUCUACAAUCGUUACAAUGGCGCCAGCAAUAAUAAUGUCAUUGACAUUGAAUCCAUUCCCUCGGUCCUCUUGACGGAUGAAUUGGUCAAAAAGUUGGCCCACGACAAUCAAUUGCAAGAAGCCGAAAUCCAACAACUCAAACAACAGGUCAAACAGGCACGCGUACAGGCAUUGCAACGGGAAAUUCAGCAGCAGACUACUAGCGGUGCUGGAAAUAAAAUGGAGACACACCAGGACAUUCCCGAGGUCGUGUCGAUGGGAGAUGGCAAGGAAUAUAAAAAUACCAAACACAAACAGCCGCCACAAAAACGCGUCAUUAAUGGGAGUUUGCGGGCCGUCAAACGAUUGAUCUGGGAUGAUUUUGGAAAUGUCCAAGAAAUGGAUCCCAAUGCGGGAGUUUCGGCAGCUGUGAUGCAGAAUCCACAUGAAAUUUUGCAACAACAACAAGCAGAGAAUCAGCAGAAACAAGAAGCAGAACAACCACAGCAGCCAUCCAAAGAGCCGCAAAUAAGAGAACAGCAAACACAACAACAAGAACAACCUCCAAAAGCAACACAAGGGCACAUUUAUGUUCCCGAAACCAAGCACUCCAUGAACGAACAAGAGUAUCAGGAACAUUAUCAUCAAGAAGAACAAAAGAGACGUCGUCAGCUCACCCCACAAGGUUUUCGCUAGCAGGAAGUCAGAAAAAGACACUACUGCCUUGCUUGGCCAACACUAUUUAUAUAUAUAUUUGUGUUGGGUCAAGCUGUACCGUACCAGCACUGAUAGUAUAGACACACAGUUUUGAUUUCAAUAUUAGUAGCUCUCCAAGUGGUUAGUUUAGCUCAAAAUCAACGAGGCGGCUAGCAAGAAGGGCUGUCUGGUGGGCACCCCAUCAAAUGAUUAGCUAGCUCUGCAACCAGUUUAUUCCGUGCCGCUACCUAGCUGGGGUCUACGGUACCUGCAAUCAAUUAAUCAUUGUCCUGACUGGACUUGACUUGACUUUUAGCUGAAUUCCUUGUAUCGUUCUUACUCACAAAGCAGAGCCAGUGCUGGGCUAUUAUUACUCAGCUUUUCAAGGCUGUAACCUUUUCGCCCGAUUUCGGUUUGCGUGAAUUCCCCGCACGGCUCCUGGUUCACGUGUCUUCUUGGUAGGUGAUGUGGAGGUGGAGGGAUCCAGUUGCUUUUUCCUGGGGCUCCUUGGUAUCCCAGGCCCUGGAGACAUGGCCCGAGGUCCCUUCUGGUUCUUCUUUGGUGGAACUUUGGCAUCCUGUAUCUUCUUCGCUGGCGAUAGGGGAGAGUUUGCAGGCGAGCUCGGGAUCGGCACUAGUAGGGAAGAGUUGGGAUCUACCAACAUUUUUGUGUUCGCCCGAAGC